AGGAGAAUUUAAAACAGUAUCGGUGAGAAAAAGCGAUCUUUAUUAUAUAAUAUGCCCUUUUUCAAUUCAAACGUUCUUUUUAUGCUAUAUAUAUAUGCAUGUCAGGUAUAAUAUAAGUUAUAUUAUACGUAAAGUUCUUAUUAUAUACAAAGAUGUAAUUGUUGCACGUACAUAUGUAUGUAUAUGUAUACAUAUAUAUAUAUAUAUACACAUGCAUGUACAGACAUAUAUAUACGAUAUAUAUGUUUGAUUAAUGCGAACAUGAAACUACAAUAAUUGGUUUGUAUAUCGCUCUAAACGGAAGAACUUGGAAAUAGGUUGUUGCCGGUAGUUCAUGCAAAUUUUAUCAAAAAACUCUCCAAGGGACGUACAUAUCUAUACAGGGUCAUAACGAUAAACUCAAUAGGAAUUGACAGGAAACUUAAUUACAAUAUAUACUUCAACUUAUAUAUGUAUUAUACAUAAAAAAUUCGCCUAGUAUUUACAAAAAGAACAAAAUUAAAAAAGGAAACGAAUGCCAUAUCGUUACACUGAUAAUAGAUUCGUUUCGUUUCUCGAUUCGUGAAAUAAAGUAUGUACGUAUAUAAUAGAUAACGAAGGAAUCGAAAAUAUACGAAACGUAUUAGACGAUGACUAACUCUUCCAGGAUCCUGUGAAUGAUUUCAUUCGACUUUUAUUUUCACCAUGCAUUGGUCGCUAUAACAUAACACCGUACACACUACUUUGAAGCCUAUUGUAACUAUGACGCCAUCGUCUACGUAAUAUCACAGACAAUCUUAAAAUUUACCAUGAAAUGAUAGUUAUAUCAACGGUCCGAGACAAUAUCGAUUUACAAAUGCUUCGAGAUCUCGACCAGUCACGCCGAAUGGUCGUACCGAACACAACUGUUCGGAUAUCUUGUCUUAAAUAACGCGUUCGAACGAAAAUGAUAAAUGUCUUUGGACAGCAUUUCGCAGCGAGUACGAUUCCUUUUUCCUUUAAAUCGCCUUGACGAUGUGUGCCUCUCGACGGCGUGUAAUUUCGUUCUACGGGUAAAUGAUACGUUUGCCGUAUAUUCGAUCGAAUCUGAUCCUAUCUGAACUGGAAAAUGAUAUUUUAAUUAUACGAAUGAUUUGAAUUUGUUGAUCUGCAUCGAAGACGGUGCGAUUAAGUCCAAUGAAAACUUUCAAGUAAUUUUUUAACAAAUGAUAAAACCAUAACAAAUGAUGCAGGUGAGUUGUAGAUACAAUAAUCUUAAAAAUUAAUCAAUUUUAUUGAGGGAAGGCUUUUAAUUAUUUCGGUGAUAUUCAGUUUUUUAAUUGCCUGACAAUUCGUUAUUGGAUUAUAAUAAGUUACGAAUGAAAUCAGUUUCAUAACCUGACAUAAUCUAAUGGUUAUUCAUUAACUGUUUUAUCGAUAUAACCUACAUAAUGAAGUAUCAUUCAUCACACAAUAUAUGAGAUCGUGUAAAAAAUAAUUGGGUUGUAUUAUAAAUUAGAAAGCUGUCUGCCUCUGAAAUUAUUCGUUUCUUUUUAUAAAUAUCGUACUUUGAUUAUACGUGACAUUUAACAGAAAUUCAUAGUCAAUUCAUGAAUUUACGGAAAGAGAUUUUCCGCUUGUUUUAUCUACAAAUGAUAAAUGAAUAUCAUACCGAUCGAUAUGUAUUGUUAAUUGGCAGCUCGAUCAAUCGCAAUCAUAUAUCCAUUUCAAAAUGUGACUAUUUCAAACAAUUCAAUAUAUAUUAAGGGUAUUUUAAUUUUAAUUGCAUCGAUAAUUAUCAAUUGAAUCGAUGUGAUACGCUUGGCUAAUCAUCGGGUAUUUCCGAACGAAUUCUUUACAAAAGGUAAAAAGAUGAAAGAAAAAAUAAUUCGGUGGUUCUGCUUCGUUUGUUCGAUAUUUUCUUGGUUUGUCCAACAGGAUUUCGAUAUCUACAAGGAUUCGAGAUCAGGUUCGAUUCGAUACUGAAAAGUCGUUUGAGUCUUGCAAGCGGCUGUUAUAGCGGAGGCUCGAUUUCGACCCUCUCUCACUCGACCGAAUCACCUGGAAGUUCUUUCUAACUGGUGAUCGGUAGAGCAUAACCGCGGUAGCUCGCGGUUGCCAGGUCAAAGUUAACGGUUAUUUUCACAGAGAAAGAGAAGAGGAAUCACACUAGUAUGCACAGUCCGCGUAGGUAGUCUCAUGGGAGAAACUCUCAUCUCCCUCCUCCUCCUCCUCCUCCUCCUUUUUAUUCCUCCCUGCUUCUCUUGCCUUCCGUAUUCCUCUUUCUCGUUUACUCUUCUCCUUACGGAGUUUGAUCCUCCUUCGUGUCUCCUUGUCUCCCUUGAAGCCUGCUUGGUGCACCGGCUAGAAGGAACGCCUGCGAUUGGUCACAGCUGGCUAGGAUCGAUGAUGCUGCUUGGUUGUUAGAGCCUACUGGCAACAUGGCCUCGCGCCAUAAUUCUCUGGACCCUUUUAACGCAAUACGCGCGUGUCGAUGACAUUUUGUCGUUGAUAGAACUCGACGUCUAAUCAACGUGCUAAGGUGUCCCAAUAAAUCAAGUCGUCGUACAUUUUUAAACUAUGACCUGUUUUUUUUUCUCGACACCAAUCUGGAUUAGGUCGGUCCACGACCGGUGUUGUCUCAAUUCCGUCAAUAUCUGGAUAUUUCUGGAAUCCGGAAGAGCAACUCUCUCGUUACAAACGGAUGAAAACCAGCUCUCAAAUUAUAUAUGGAAUAUGUCACACAUAGAGAGUUGAAAAUAUGUUGGGUCGAGAAGAUGCAGAAGCCGAAUAUAAUAAAUUAAUACUCUUCGUUUUGUCGAGCUUUCUUACCAAGGGAUGGAGAAGGAUCGAUCGAUUUCGCGGCUUUCGGCCGCUCGUCGUGUGAAUGACACUGGUACAUGUGACACGACGUGCUGGCUAUGUGGGAAAUCAUCCUUAGACUUCUUCCUCCUCGACGAUCGGCAGACUGCUCUGAUGCAUCAGAGGGCUCGUUCUUGCGGUGAAGGCCAUCACCCAGUAAUCGAGCUCCUUCUUGUUUUCCAUGAGAAAGGUUAACGCAAUUGGCGAAUCGAAACCUUUCUGUCUUACCAGAAAUCCUUCCUCCCCAUAACGUUCGAUCAUUGUAUUCCUCAAGUUCAACACGCCCAAAGGUCUGCACACCUUUUUCUGUGGAUAAAUUACGGCGAAAUGCUCGACACUCGUCCGGUAGACCUUCACUUGCACGCCUUGGCGAUGACCAUUCGGACUCAUCAAGGUCAUAUAACCGCUCAUGUUCUCGGUGUUCCAGCAAGAAUCCACGUUCGAGUCCUUCAGGCUCGACUGGUUGAAUUGCAGGAAGUUAGUAUGCAUCGCUACGUCGGCUGGCAUGUCGCCUUUUUUCUUUUUCUUGUUUGUAAUUUUUGUCUUUUUUGUGUUCUUCUCUAGUACUUUGAAUUGAUCGGAGGAUCAGACUUUUAUUGGGAAAGAUCUGAGAAGUUUGUAAUAAUACGUUGACGCGAAUAGAUUGGAAGAUCACACAGAGUCAACGACUCGUCUAUGUAACCUUUCUCUGCGUGCAAAGAAGAUACACUAGUACACCAACAAAUUUCGCGACACUGUUACUCACAGCGAACUGUCCGCGUGAACUUUCACCACCUCUAUUUAUACAAGGUGUAUGUUUCGAUGUAGAAUACGCAUGCGCGUCGCUACACGCGCAACACUCCCAGUAGAUGUCAUCGCAGACGAUAACUAUCGCAUAGUUAUUAUGAUUCAAAUUCGUCAGCCGAUAUUGUGACAGAAAUAAUCUGCUUACGGAAUAAUUUUAAAAUCAUACGUACGUAUAGUUCAAUAACGCGUUACAUAUUGCUCUCUGUAUUUCACGAUUCACACAACGAAAUCACAAUUCGCAAACAUUAAUUAUUUACUACAACAUGUUAUGUACAUAGUAAUGUGGAAAUUACUUACUUUUUUAUAUACUUGAGUCUUUAUUAUAACAAGCGAGAAAUCAAGUUAUUUUCCAGUCCAUUACGUUUUAAAGAAAAAUGUUAAACGUAUACAUAUCAUAUACGUUUAAUUUUAAAGAACUCCGAAGAAAUUACUCAGCAUGAGAUAGAAAAGUAAAGUUACAAUUUCACCAGUUGUGAGUUUCUUGGACAACGCACUUACCGAUUGGACAAAUCAUCGUCUUUUACAUAUAACUUAUAGUAUCAGUUAUCAACAGAAGAGGCUGCUGCAAUAAAAAUGCAGCUCUACUUUUCAGUAAUUUGACUAAAACAACAAAAACGUUCUAUAAAUUGAUAGUCAACUAAUAUUCCCAGUUAUAAACUUCGAUAUAUUUCUUUCUCUCCCAAUAUGUACGUUUUAAACAUUAAAACUGCGAACUCUGUAAUUCGUUAAAUCGUGCGUAUUCCAUAUGGUAACUAUAAGGAAAGUAAAAUUCGCGUUGAGUUUAAUCGCAUAUCAUUACUUUGCCACUGUUGUUUGCCGCCCUGUUUACACAGGGCUUUUGGCGAGUGGCCAAAUUUCUCGUGUCUCGUUUAGUUUUUGGAACGUACUUCCCGAAUUUAGAGGAGGAAGCGAAACGCUCUGGCUUCCAUACAGUGUGAAUCAGAGUUCAGAUCUCGCGUAUCCCUUUGCCAAAGAACCGGUCGGUACACUCAUCGGUAUUUAUUGAGCGUCAGGCGUCCUCGUUCAUUCUGAUAAACAAAUCAUUUUCAUUGUAAAAUCUACGCAAUCGUUCCUUCUGAACAAAUUCUUUAUUUAUUUUUUUCUCGAAUAGCAAAUUGCAAAAGCGACUUGAUUGCCUGAACCCUCUACUUUUCAAGAGUAUGGCAAAAGUGGCCUUCCGUGAAAAUUACGCAGCGGAUGUUAAUUGCCUUCCUUUGACUUUUACGUAUUAUUUCAUGAUUAAACGCUCGGGUAUCGUACGUUUAAUAGGAGAAACGAUAAAUGAUACAAGUAGCAUGUUGUAAUUUUAUACACUGACAAAUUGUACUUGUUUCCGUUGUAAAAAAGAAGCGAGAGCAAUAAUUGUACCUGAACGUUCAACAAAUUUGUCGAUGCUAGGAAUUUUUGAUUACAAAAUUUCAUCGUACAAUUUCAUUUAUAACGUAACUUAAAGAAUUAUGGCAAAUCGUUUCAUAGCCUACUAUGGUAUGAACUUUUUACAAUGCGAUAUAAUAUAAAACCACUGACUUCUGAUAUAAUCGUCCACUAUUUCUUUUUUGAUAUUAAUAUUUUUUAAUCGUUUAAUUAAAUGAAAAUAUAUUUUAUUCUUUCAGUUUCAGAAAGCAACGCUAUUUCCUAUUAUGAAAAGCCGUUAUCAUCAUGCAGAUCUGUACUAUCAAUCCGUGAGCUGAUAUAAUAUCUUAAAUAAUAAAUUGCAUUGAAAUUUAAUUUAUUGGAAAUAACGAUAUUUCUUAACAUUACAACGCAUCGUAGGCCUGAGUGCAAGCAACAACAACAACAACGACAAUCAGUUAUUGAGGAAAGAAGUAAAAUUAAGAUAAAUCACGAUGAUUGCUGUAACUGCUGCUGCUGUUGUACAACUCCACAACGUACAUGCUAUCAUUAUUGGAAAUCAGGUAUACCAAUGGAUAAUAACACUACAUACCGACUCUCCUAUUGGGAGUGCCCGAGUGCUCCUGUGGAUCCUAUCCUGCCUCGAAAUUGGUUAGCGACCGGAGAUGGUGAAAUAUCAGACGAAACAACAUAUAAAUUAUUUUGAACACUUAUGUGUGAAACCUGAAUCACCCUGUAUACCUUGUGAGAAACAAUGGCUCGGUAGAGGUCCUAUACAGGAUGUUACGACUCAAAAACAUGACUAUACGUGGAAGUCUAUACCACAAAUAGAACCUUAUAAAGCAGAGAAUAAUUUAUACUGUGCACCUGCACCGUUACUCGAUGAUACAACAUAUAAAUUAAGCUACUAUCAGUCUGGUUGUAAUCUACCUGCGCUAUCUUACGCUCCUAUAAGAAAAUAUGUUAAACCAGAUAUUCCAAUGGAAGACCAUACAACGUACAAACUUAGUUAUUGGCCAAAUGAAUCUAUGAAGGAAGAACCUUUAUGGCAGAGAAAAGAAUAUUCGCCACCUGUCGAACCGAUGGAUGGGUGCACAACUUACAAAUUAAGUUAUUGGCCACAUUCGGAAAAAAGACGUUCACCAAUCAUACUUCAGCCAACUGAUAACAUUCUAAAUGCUGGUUGUUGCACCGAGGAUAACACAACUUAUCGUCUGAGUUACUUUGGCUGUGGAGGAGAUAAGCGAACUCCUAUUCGGCAACCUAACAAUAUUCAGUUUUCGCCUUGUUCUCUAUCUUAUGAUACCGUUCAUCGAAUGAGUUUCUUGGGCAACUGGUGUGUUAAACAAGAUCCACCGAUUAUACCUUGCGAUAAACAAUUUUUAGGUAGAGGGCCCAUACAAGAGGUAACCACGCAAAAACACGAUUAUACAUGGAAGAAUAUACCAUUAGCACCAGAUGCUCGUCGCGCAGAUAACCUUGUUCCUGCGUGUACACCUAUCGAAUGUUGUACUACUUACAGACUUUCUUAUUUAGAGAAUGAUCUUAAAUCGUUAACACCUAUUCAUAAUUACGCACCAGUACGUACAUGCUGCUUACCAGAUGUUCCGAUGGAAGCAGAAACUGUCAUGCAGCUGAGUUAUCAGCCUGUGGAGUGUGCGGAUAAAGUUGAAAAACCAUGGAGUGAGAGACCUCCUUACCAACUUCCAGUCACUCCUAUGGAAGAUAAUACUACAUACAAUAAAAGGUUCUCUAUCUCACUUAAAUUGCUUGUCGAACCGCGAUCGAAGAUCCAAAUGCUUUACGAACGAUCGAACGAACAAAAAAAUAAUUUAGUUUAAAUAUAUAUUAAAAGUCGUAUUUAUGUAAAUUAUGACUAUUUUUUCAGUUACAUUCCACCUGGUACAUUGUGCCUGUAAUUCUGGCAUAUUUGCAUGCCUAUUUCAUCAGCAAAAACAUUAAGGUAAAAAUUUAGAAUACUUUAAUAGUAUAUUAUACCAUUAAGUUACAUAGAUUAUAUGUAAUAAUUAUAUGUAAAUAUGAAGAAAUGUGUUAUGUCGUAAUAUACUCUGUUAUGGUACUACUAAUUUGGCUAAACUAUCAAUACAAAGUGUAAAAGCAUAGGCAAUUAUAAUCAAAGCAUUCUACACUCUAUUAUUAGAAUACAAAUUACACGAUGAUAGGCGGAAUGUUAAAUUGUGCUACAUAUGAAGCAUCUGUUCUAUACACAGGUGAUACACAUAUACAAGAAAAUUGACAGUAUGCAUUCUUCGAAGGACAACAUCAAAGUGACUGAGAAUAAAAAUUAAGCUUGAAUGGGGUGAGUCUGAAUGUUCUACCUUUUCUUUAUAGACGUAUCUUUUGUAUCGUAAACUUACAUGUACCAUAUGAGUAGUACGACUAGUGAAGAAAGUGAAUUUUAGAAUCUAGUACAAAGAUGUGAUCGAUAUUUUAUUACGUACAAAAUAUUAUGUUGCAGGCAAGUUUUAAAAGUAAUAAAUACAGACCAUCAAAAGUAUGUUUACUUUAUUAUGCAUUCCUUAUGGAUCCUUUUACAAUUUUUAUGUCAUCAACGGGUCUGUCAUUCUUAUCAGUUUCCACUAAUCCAAUCCUUUUCACUAUUGUCAUACCAGAAUGGAUUCUUCC